CGCUUCCUCAGAAGACUCAGUGAAGAUGGCACAGGUGGUUUUUGCACUCUUAGCUGUGUUCCUGGUGUCACUCUGCACCGGACAGGACUUUUGCCCAAAGGAAAAAUGUCCUCAGUACAAAGUGGUUGAGACGCACCAGGACUUUGAGGUGCGCUUAUAUGGUGCUACCGACUGGAUUACCACAAAGCUCGACAGCACUGGGGCCAGGGAUUAUUUAGCUGCAAAUUCACGCCUGAAGGCCUACGUCAAGAGACAGGCUGAAGCAGGUUUUGAGAUUCCUGAUGAUUGCUGGCCUGUACUGGUCACUGUUACUGAAGGUGAAGUCUGCACAGGACAGGACUUUUGUGUGGGAAAGUGUCCCCACUACAAAGUACUCGAGGCCUACCCGGACUUUGAGGUGCGCUUAUAUGAUGCUUCCACCUGGAUUACUACCAAGGUUGACAGCUCCCAGUCCAGUGAUGUCCUCGCUGCAAAUUCACGGCUGAAGGAUUACGCCAAGAAGCAAACUGAAGCAGGUUUUGAGAUCUCUAGUGACACUUGGCCUGCACUGGUCAAGGUCACAGAUGGUAAAGGUGAUCCUGAAUUUUCCUUGUCCUGGUUUAUUCCUCCUGGUACCACAACACCUGAAAAUUCUGAUCCCUUGGUCCAACUGGAAAGUAAACCUGAAGCCACCGUGUAUGUAAGGGUUUUCGGUGGCGCUCCAAGCAUCCAGAAUGGCCAAGAAAAUGCAAAGAAGCUUCGUGAGGCCUUGAUUACGGCUGGGAAAACCUUUGAUCAUGACACUUACAAUGGAGCUGGAUAUGAAUCAUAUUUCUCUCUUACUCACCACAAUGAAAUUUGGAUCUACGCUGCCUGA